AUGUCUUUCUUCGGUCUGGACCUCGCCCAAAAGGGGCUCUCCCUUUACACUAUUCCGGCCGCCUUUAUCAUGGCGAUGCUGCCCAAUGUCUACGCCGUCUCCGGAGCAGGAGCACACUACGACCUCUGCAACCCGAGAAAGCUCCAAACUAGUGUCGUGGCCGAUGACAAGCUAGACAAGAUUGCCAAAGCCCGCAUUCUCCGCGCCAAGGCCGCAUCGGAGAACGCCUUUGAGACGCUCGGCUUCUACUCUGCCGCCGUGGUCGCCGCCAACUUUGCCAGGGUAGACGCCGAGACCGUUAACGUCUUGACACUGGGCUACAUCGCUUCCAGGGCCCUGUACAACAUCAUCUACGUCCGCCUGCAGGACAACCGUAGCUUCGGCCCCCUGCGAAGUCUCGCUUGGCUUGCCAGCAUCGCCAUCACCGUUACGUUGUAUGCUAAGGCAGCUACGCAGUUGGCGUCUUCCUAA